UAGCAGUGUUUUCAAAACCGCUGUGUGUUGCCUCCUUUGCAAAAGUUGGGUGGGGGUGGGGGGGGUUGCCAAUUCAGCCCCUCCUGAUGCUAUGCAAUCGGAGGAAUGCUUGGCAAGCGGAUGAAUAGUAAGUCCGCAUACAGCCCGUAUUCUGCUGAACUACGGAAGAAGGGCUCCAAAGCCGGAGGAAACGUUGUAGACUCGGUCUCCUUUCGAGCUAGUGUCUGGCUUAAGGAGCUUCCACGGCGAGAUGGCCUGGAUGUAUCAAUUUCCAGCCUGGUGGAUUUGUCUUCAUCGACCACCGCAGCUACACUGAAGCGUCCCACAAGUCUCAGCCGCCACGCCAGUGCAGCAGGAUUCCCUCUCUCCCCUGCUAUUCCCAGAGGUCUUGCCAAAGGUCACAAGCCCCACAGUGCCUAUAGUCCCAAUGAACUCGGCGAAGGGAGCCUAGCAGAAGCUGAGGACAUUACACAACUGCUCGCUGACGUGGCUUGUUUUGCAGAGCGCCUGGAGAAGCUGAAGGAUGUUGUAUUGCAGGAGGAUGGCCCAGAAUCUCGACGAUCACUUGCCCACGAGUGUCUUGGAGAAGCCUUAAGAAUUCUUCGGCAAAUCAUUAGCAAGUACCCACUGCUCAACACUUUAGAGACCUUGACUGCAGCCGGGACCCUCAUCUCCAGGGUCAAAGGCUUCCACUAUGAGUCUAACCACGAAGCUGAAAAACGUGAAUUUGAGAAAGCCGUGGAGAUGAUUGCAGUCUCCUUCAGUAGCACUGUCUCUGAGUUCCUCAUGGGAGAGGUGGACAGUAGUACCAUCCUUUCGAUACCUCUUUCUGAUCUAAAUCAGUCGGUGGAAAAUCUAUAUGGGGGCAUUACAAAUUUGGGACCAGAAGAUGUGCUGCAUGAUUUCAGCUCAGCACGCCUGUCAGUUGAAGAGGUGAACGUGCUCCUUCAGAGGUGUGAUGGAGGGGUAGACUUUGCCCUCAAAUAUUCCAAGAGCAUCUCCAAGUACAUGAAGGAUCUUAUCUACUAUAUGGAGAAGAGGACCAUUCUGGAAAUCGAAUUUUCCAAAGGACUUCAGAAGAUCGUGAACACCUGCAAGCAAACCGUCACUCAAGAGCCCUCCAUGCCGUUCCUCUCCAUCUACUCGCUGUCCCUGGAGCAAGACAUGGAAUACAGUCUCAACUGCCUUCAAGCAGCCACCACUUUGCGAACCGAAACAUAUAUGCAGCAAGAGGCUGAGAACAACUUGCGUAAGGCCAAGCAGAUGUACAUGCAACGCUCGGAGGAGUGUGACAAGGCCCGGCACGUGAUGGCCAAAGCAGAAGAGGAUCAGAUGGUGUCCAGCAACAGCUCGGCCACUUUGAAGAACUUGGACAAGAAGAGACGGCUGGAAGAAGAAGCCCGAAACAAGGCUGAAGAAGCCAUGGCAACAUACCGGACCUGCAUCGCAGAUGCCAACACCCAGAAGCAGGAGUUGGAGGACACCAAAGUGACAGCACUUCGGCAACUCCAUGAGGUGGUCAAACAGAGCGACCAGGUCAUAAAGUCGGUGGGCGAGGUCACCAGGUACACAAAUCAUGGCCACCAGCCAUCACAGAGACCAAGGACAGUCUGGAAUCCCCUGCCACAAGCCCAGGUGAGUUUCCUCAGAUGCCUUCAAAUGGAUCGCUGUCCCCUAAAGAAGAACCUGAUGGGAAUUCGCCUUCCUUUGAACAGAGUAUUAAUGAAAUGACUCCAGGAAUCUCUACGCCCACCGGCCCUUUCCGGCAUAUCAGCUUGUCCAGAGCUGCCCAAACCCACCGGCUGAGGAAGCUGCGGACCCCCUCAAAAUGCCGGGAGUGCAACAGUUACGUUUACUUCCAGGGAGCUGAAUGUGAAGAGUGUUACUUAGCCUGCCACAAGAAAUGCCUGGAGACCCUGGCCAUUCAGUGCGGACACAAGAAACUCCAAGGCAAACUGCAGCUCUUUGGACGGGACUUUGCUCAGGCUUCCCACACCGGCACUGAUGGCAUCCCCUUCAUCGUCAAAAAGUGCAUCAAUGAGAUCGAAAGGCGGGCCAUGAAAACAAAACUCCCAGAGCCAAUCAUGCCCUUCCGGAUGUACAACAGCCUUAUGGGGCUGGCCAAGGAGACCCUGCAGAGUCGCUCCGACAGCAGGGCAGGGAGAAGCACUGGGGAGCCAGUGGACACAAGCAGCGAGUCGGAGAAAGCCAUGGUAACAAAGCUGAAGGAGCUGCUCAAGGAGCUUCCAGGCACGAACUUGGCCACCUUGAAGUAUAUCAUGCAGCACCUGAAGAGGAUUAUAGAACUUGAAGAUGACAAUAAAAUGUCUUCCAGCAACCUGGGAAUCGUCUUUGGCCCCACGUUAAUGCGGCCUCGACCCACCCAAGCUACCAUCUCCCUCUCUUCUUUGGUGGAUUACCCCCACCAGGCAUGCAUCGUUGAGGCACUCAUAAAUUUCUAUGCUACUGUCUUUGAAUCCAGUGGCGUAUCUCCAGACAGCACAGAAGAAACGAUCAGGGAAGAUGAGGAGCUGGUCAGGAACCAGGAGGAUGAAGGAACACAACCCCACAGUGAAGUCCAGUAUCUAGAAGCAACCUCUGAACAGACAGAAGCUGCUCUUGAUGGAGAUUCAUUCAGAGAACCCGACACUCCCUUUAUCGAUUCGGAUUCGGAUCCAGAUCCAGAUCCAGAAGAUGGCACAGAGGCAGCCAUUGAAGGAAUCCCACAGGCCAACUCAGGGCCAGGAGGCAGUGAGACCAGCGGGGAGGAGGAGAGCCCCUUCGGUGAGGACGCCAGUGAGGAAGGUGUCCUGAGGGAGAUACCCAGCGUGGAACAAUCGGACCCUGAGGAUACUUCACCCCUACAUCCCCUAGGCCCAGCAGAAGGUUGCUGGGAGGCCGAAGGAGAUGCUGUCUUCAGGAGCGGAGGUGAUGAGGAGAACAGCGACGGGAAAGUUGAAAGCCUUCUGGUGGACCUCAACACCAACCAGUCUAACAACUCACUUUUCUCACACUUACUGAUCAACUAAGAACAUGUGUUUGAUUUCCUGGCAUGAAAAACUAUGUCAGUUGAGGGAAGCGGUGAAUCCUUUGCAGAGACUGACAGUGAAGGGAUGGAUGGUCUUCAACUGUCUUCUCAAGAUCAUCCUCUGGAGGCCUUCUGGUUCACCAGGCUCCUCAUUCAUAACAGCCUGCUUUUAAUUCUUUCCAACACCAAAACGACAUCUGGGGACUCCGUGUGAAAAGGCAGGGAGGAGACCAUAUAAGGAGAGGCAUUAAGGCCCAGAGAGACAUUGGAAGGACUCUCAACAUCUAAACUUUAAGACACUUUUCUCUAACCUAAUGCCCUUCUGAAAUUUUGGAUCUCGCUCCCAUCUUUCCUCCUGCAUAGUCCUAACCAAACAAGGGGGUGGGGGUAGGGGGGGGCAGUAGCUUGAGGAAUGCUCUUUCAAACGAAGAGCCACAGAGAGAGUCCCUUUGCACUCCCUCCCAUCCUUGAGGUCCCGUCCCGUUCAGGAAACAAUACACCCAUUGUGAUCCUAGGUAUUCCGAUAUGUUUGUUUAAACAUUAGCAGAUUAUAUUUGUUUCUAAGUAAAACCACUUCAGGAUGCUACGGUAUUUUUAAGAAUCAGGGUACAGACAAAAUGCUGGAUGAGCUUGGCUGGAUGACGGAUUACUUGAAGGCUGAAAUCCACUUGUGCAAAUCCUACUGAGGUCUGAGGACCAGCGUUGGGUUGUUGGUGUGGAUUGAUCCUAUCAGGGUGUGUGUGUGUGUCUGUGUGCGCGCGCGCGACAUAUGCUUAUUGCACAGCUGUAUGAAGUGCCAGUAGAGCCAGCUGAAGGGGCUUUGUGUGAGAUCUUGCUUAUCCAUCAUCUCAUUUAGCGCUCAAAGUUAACAGUGUCACUGAAAAAAUAACUUUAUUAUGACCAGUCCUCACAUUUACAACCUGAGCAACGUCCUCACACUCGUGUCAUUCAGGCACUUGGCAACUG